AUGUCACUAUCCUCGACAUCGACAAUCAAGAACCAGCUCAAUGCUGCUCUGGGGCAGAAGGCCCCAGCCUAUUUUGAAACACUUAGCCAGUUUGUUUCUGGCAAGGUAUCCAGGAUAGAAUUUGAUGAAUCCGUUCGCCAGGCGCUGGAUGCUCCGAAUUUAGUCCAGCUACACAAUUCCCUUAUCAUUUCGUUAUUUGACUUUACCGUGCACCGUCGAUUACCCACACCCCCUCCUGAUGUAUCGAAGCCCCCACCACGUAAACGUCGCCGAACUUUGCCUUACCAAGGUCCGGAUGACAAUGAUGAUACUUUGCGGUCGUCGAGACUUAAGCGAUGGACCGUAUCUUUGGGGAAGCGCGAACGCGACCGCAUACGAGGACUGCAGUCUGUUCUCACCGAACGCUCGAGACCUCGGAAAGAAACUGAUGAAAUAGCGUGUGAUAGAGGGGUGUUGUUGUUACCCGAGCGUGGAGAUCCUCCUGGCAGUCGCUCGCCGUUGCAUCUUGCAUCGGUCUCAAGAGCUCCGACGUUACAACAUAUCUCGGAUAGAGUUAAUCUGAUAGCAGCACAACACAAUCUCGGCGCACCAUCACGAGCCGUAGCGUCGCUAUUGAUGCUUGCAUUUGAGGCCAAACUGAAGCAACUCAUUACCCAUGCACUUUCUCUUACCUCGACGUCGCACGCAAUCGCCUCUAUCACACCAUCCACACGCCACUCACAUAGUCGUGUUCUCACUGCAUCGUCUUUCGAUACCCUAUUCACACUUUCACCUGCUGUGCUGCCGAACAAAUCAGCUGCGGCCAUGCGCCUAGCUAUUGGCGACAACGACAUUAUGGAUGAUGAAGACGUUAUCUUACUAAAGGAUCGAGAGGUCCGAGAUCAGCGAUGGCAGAUACUCGCUUUGCUUGGCGAGCGAAGUACAGUCAAUGAAGCCCUUAGGAAUCUCAGAUGA